AUGGUUGCCGGUUGGGACAAAAUUGGAGCGGAGUUGGCCUUGAUAGCCGUAGUUUUCCGGCGAAAUAAGAUGGUUCUGUGGAAGCUUGUGUUUAGCAUGGUGGUUCUGAAGAUUAAGAAGAGGUUUUGUUCCAAUUACUUUCAUGGUGGUUUUUCUUUGAAAACUAGCAGAUUAUGGGGCUGCGAGUGUACUGCGAAAAAGGGAGGUGAUGUCGUGAGUAUGAAAAAGAGUGGCUUUGCGGCAGUGAAUUUGUGUCAGCGUGUAACAUUAAGGAAGAGAAUUCAAGAUGUGGUCUCCUUUUGUUGUUGA